AUGGCGCCCCUCAUCGAUGAAGAGGAGACCACUCUGGUCCAACAGAUCCUUGAUCAGCUGGCUCAGACUCCAUAUGCCUGCUCGACUCUGACAAAACUGAGCGGUGGCACAGCCAACUUCCUCUAUCGUGGCGCCCUUCUCAAGCCUCUUCCAGGAGAUACAGCCACGACUGUCGUGAUCAAACGUUCUACCGACUAUGUUGCCAUCAACCGCGACUUCCCACUCGAUGUCACGCGCUGCAUCUUUGAAGAGUCCAUGCUCCAUGGUUUGGAUGGCUUUACCCAAACCAUCAACACUCCCAGUGGCACUUCGGUGGUUGCGGCACCUCGAUGCUACCUGUUUGACAGAGACACGCACACUCAAGUUCAUCAAGACUUUCCUAGUACCAUCGACCUGACUACCAUCUUGCAAUCCGCCAAUGUUGAUCAGAUCUUGCCUGGGUCUAGCGGCCGAUCUGUCGGAUAUGCUUUGGGCUCUUGGCUGCGUUUCUUCCACAACUGGACCUCAGAGCCAGCCCAGGCUGCGCUCCGGGAAAGGGUAGGGCCUAACAAGGGUAUGCGCCAGUUGAAAUGCCUCAUCACCUACGACAGCUUCAUCGAGAUUCUUGAACGCCAUCCUGAGACUAUAGAGGGCCACAAAGAGACAUUGAAAGCUGUCCAGAGUGCCAUGAAAUACGAGUUUGAGCGACCCCCGACUGAAGGAGAGGAGAUCCGUGGACUUAUUCAUGGAGAUUUCUGGGCUGGCAAUGUUUUACUCCCAGAUAGCCCAUGGUACGACUCCCAAAGUUCAAACCAAGAGCCAAACAAGCUCUUCAUCAUUGACUGGGAGAAUGCUCAGUUCGGCCACCGCGCUGUGGAUAUUGGUGGCAUACUGGCCGAUCUUUAUGAACGAAAGCACUUUAAAAACGUCUCUACAAGUAUUCCUAUCAUGCAAGGCUUCAUGGAGGGCUAUGGCCCACUCAGUGAAGAGCUCGCAUUUGGCACUGCCAUUCACGCUGGCGUGCACCUCAUUUGUUGGUAUUACCGGCGAAAUCGAAACGCUCCAUUACCAUACCCGUUGCCCAUAGUUCUAGCCGCCCUGACUCUUGGACGAGACUUCAUUCUCAAAGGCUGGGCCAAGGACAAGAAGUGGUUUGAGAGUUCCGUCUUAGCCCCCUUGUUCACCGAUGCGAAGCAGGCCAGGUAG